AUGGUAAAUGACUAUAGAAAAGGGGUCCCCAGUGCAAGUGGUGGUGGAGGAGGGGGCGAAGGGGACGGGGAAGAUUGCGGAGGUUUGAAUUUGGCAGAAAGCUUCCAGCGAUGCGGACUGAAACGUAAAAGUGAGGAACUAGAGAACUUGGGGAGCGCCAUGCAGAUAGUGGAGGACCUGUCCAUGUUGCCUGCGAUGUUGCAAACGAAUGUGGGAAACCCGGCGGCGGUGGCCGUUCCGGCGGCGGUAGCGGGAGCGCCCGCCAAGCAAGGGGCCGGGGGAGGAGACGGAGACUACCAGCUGGUACAGCACGAGGUGCUGUGCUCCAUGAAGAACACGUACGAGGUUCUGGACUUCCUGGGCCGGGGCACCUUUGGCCAGGUGGUCAAGUGCUGGAAGAGGGGCACGAGCGAGGUGGUGGCGGUCAAGAUCCUGAAGAACCACCCGUCGUACGCGCGGCAGGGCCAGAUCGAGGUGAGCAUCCUGGCCCGCCUGAGCGGCGAGAACGCCGACGAGCACAACCUGGUGCGAGCGCUGGAGUGCUUCCAGCACCGCAGCCACACCUGCCUGGUGUUCGAGAUGCUGGAGCAGAACCUGUACGACUUCCUGAAGCAGAACAAGUUCAGCCCGCUGCCGCUGAAGGUGAUCCGGCCCAUCCUGCAGCAGGUGGCCACGGCCCUGAAGAAGCUGAAGGCCAUGGGUCUGAUUCACGCUGACCUUAAGCCGGAGAACAUCAUGUUGGUGGACCCUGUGCGGCAGCCCUACCGGGUGAAAGUGAUAGACUUCGGCUCAGCCAGCCAUGUCUCCAAAGCAGUAUGCUCCACGUACCUCCAGUCGCGGUACUACAGGGCUCCGGAGAUCAUUCUGGGGCUGCCGUUUUGUGAAGCCAUAGACAUGUGGUCGCUGGGCUGUGUGAUCGCCGAGCUCUUCCUGGGCUGGCCACUCUACCCUGGGGCCUUGGAGUAUGAUCAGAUCCGUUACAUUUCUCAGACGCAGGGGUUGCCCGGGGAGCACCUGUUGAAAGUGGGGACAAAGACGUCUCGCUUCUUCUGCCGGGAGCCUGAUUCCCCCUAUGCAGCGUGGAGACUGAAAUCCACAGAGGAGCACGAGACAGAGACGGGGAUGAAAUCUAAGGAAGCCAGAAAGUACAUCUUCAGCUGUUUGGAUGAUAUUGCGCACGUGAAUUUGGUGAUGAAUCUGGAAGGCAGUGACUUGUUGGCCGAGAAAGUGGAUCGUGGAGAGUUUGUGAGCUUGCUGAAGAAGAUGUUGUUGAUUGAUGCGGAGAAGAGGAUAGCCCCGAGUGAGGCACUCAACCACCCCUUUGUCACAAUGCAACACCUGUUGGAUUUCCCCCACAGCAACCAUGUGAAGUCCUGUUUCCACAUCAUGGACGUUUGCCUGUCACGCCCCGGCACGCACGACACAGCCAACCGCAAUAAGGCCCCCUACAUCCGCCCAAUGACCACCACCACGGGGCCCAGCCACACUGUGCCAUUCAGCAAAAUGGCUGGCGUUCACACACAAGCUUUACCCCCAUCAGCCCAAAUGCACCCUGGGAUACCUCUGCAGACAGGAAAUGCGCAGUUUGGCUGCACUGACUCGUUCCAGCAGGCGCUCAUCCUAUGUCCUCCAACUAUCCAAGGAAUCCCCACCAACCCCAGCAAACCGGCAGGCUACUCGGUCCGCAUGGAAACGACCGUUCCGCUGGUCACCCAGGCCCCUUCCAUUCAGCCCAUACAGAUCCGACCAGGAGUCAUCACUCAGGCUUGGUCCAAUCGCCCCCAACAAAUCCUGGUCCCCGCCUGGCAGCAGGUGACGCCGGUAGCACCGCCACCCACAACGCUAGCCGCGGACACUGUGGCAGGUCCACAGCGACUGGCAGACUGGGGGAAAGUUCGUCCCCAUGGCAACCAUUACAGCUCCAUGCUGCCCCACCCCCAGCCACUCCUAACCAACCAAAUGACCAUGUCAGCCCACCAGCCCAUCAGCAUUGGCAUUGCCCAUGUGGUGUGGCCACAGCCCGCUGCUAACAAACGCAACAAGCCCUGUGUCAACAGGAGCAACAAUUUCACACACAGCACAAACACCCAAAGCUCAGCGUGCCAGAGCCCAAAGAUGGCCACCAUCACCAAGAGCGCGGAGUCCGAGGAGAGCAAGGAGCGGCGGAGGUACGCCGAGGCCGAGCGCAGGGAGUGCGCGUCCGACCGGACGGACGUCAGACGACAGGAAGAGGACGCGGUGGAGGAGCAACAGCAGGAGCGCAACUGUUGCAAGCUGGAGGAGGAGGAAGAGGAGGAGCUGGUGGUGGCGAAGAAACAGCAGCGGCAGUCGAUGGUCAUCACCAACUCGCCCAGUCCAGCGGUCAGCGUCAUAAGCAUCAGCUCCGACACGGACGAGGAGGACCGGACGCAGAGGCACUCGAUGGGAGAGUGUAAGGGCAGCCCUGAGUGUGAGGCGUGUCAGAGCACGCUGACCAUGGAGCGUGUGUGUUCCCUCAGUAGCCCAGACUCCACCCUCAGCACCAGCUCCUCUGCCUCAGUGCAGUCCAGCGGCUCGCCCUGCAAACGGCCCAACAGCGUGUCCGAAGACGAGCAGGAGAGUGGCUGUGACACGAUAGACGGCUCGCCGGCGUCCGACUCCUCCGGGCGGAACGACAGCCCCUUCUUGGGGGGCCGUUACAUCGCCGACGACAACCAGAACCGCAAGCCCUGCGUCACCACGGAGAUGGAGCGCAACAAGCCGCCGGUGCGCACCAUGGUGGUGCCGCCCAUGAGGAUGCAGAACAACAACAUGGUCAGGCAGCAGAACACCAACACAGUCUUAGAAUCUUCAUGCCCAUCCAAAGGGCGCAAUGGGCCCGGCCGCCAGGCCCCCCACUCUACGCCCCUCCUCAACCGCUCCCAGAAGAUCGCCCCCGCAUUCCAGCCACAGCAAACUCCCCAGCAUCAUCCGCCGCCGCCUCCCCUCACCUAUGGCCAGGUGCAGCACUACGGCUCCUCCCACCAGGAGUGGAACGGCAACUACACCCACCGGCGGCCGCAGGCCUACAUCCCGCCCACUGUGCAUGGCCACACCUUCACGCUGCAGCACGGCAGCCCCACCCACACCUCGGGCCACCCCCCACCGCCGCCGCCCCCUCACCUGGGCGUCCACCCGCACGCCCAGCCGGCCCUGCUCUCGUACCCGCCCUCCGGCCCCCUGGCUACCGCCGCCCCCAUGGCCCACCUGCUGGCCUCGCCUGGGGCUACGCGGGGCUCCCAUGUCCUGCAGCCGGCCUACAGCAUCUCGCACCCGGCCGCCGGGCAUAUCGUCCACCAGGUGACGGUGGGGCUCAACCCGCGGCUGCUGCCGUCGCCCACCCUCCACCCACAGGGCCAGUUCAAGCCCCUCUUCCCCCCGCACUCGUACAUCGCCUCGCCCGCCUACGCAGGCUUCCCCCUCAGCCCCACCAAGCUCAGCCAGUACUACAUCUGAGGCCUCCGCCAGAGGUGCUCUAUGGCGGGACAAGGGCCCCCUCAUGCAUCUGCUGCCCUUACGUCUGCCCCCUUAUUUCCACCUCCAUGUCCGCUGGCCCUCUGGGGCUGCGAGGGGCCUUUGUUGAAAACACAAGCCACCAUCUGAUUCUCAUGCCCAAAGCCAUGGCACAUCAGAGAAAGCAAGCUAUAUUUUUGAAUCAUGUCGACUUUGGUGCAAUUGAACUUUGAGCUUUAAAAAAAAAAAAAAUGGUUGAAAUGGGG